GGAGAAGCCGAAGCAGUGGCCCAGCCCGAACAAGUGCACGGGAGCCGGGCAGUACGAGUAUCAGGGCUUCGAGGACUGGACGCCAGAGGAGCAAAAGCAGUGGGAGGCAGGCACCCUGCGCGCGAAGUGGGGCGUCGGACAGGUUUCGAUUCGACUGCCAAUCAGAAGCCCGCUGCAGCUUAUUGCAAUUAUCUACGGUUAUCUGCCGUUCAUCAUUCCUAUAUGGUGGUUCAUCUGGGUCGUCGCCACAUGGACCAAGUGUGGCAGUCCGAGAUUCUACCCCGCCUUCGGUAUCUGCAUCGCCGCUGGCUUCGCGCUGGUCAACGAGACCGUAACAAAAAAACUCUGCCGGAAGUUAUUAUCGCCAGAGAUUACCAAUAGGCCACCAGAGGCUGUGUGCAAGCACCCUGGUAUGCCGUCUGGGCAUGUCAUGAACGCCUACACUUUGAUGACGUGGACGCUCGUUGAGGUCCUCAUGGAUUUCCAGAUCCAUAUUGACCAUUUCCUCGUCCUGCUUAUCGUUAUGGGACCAGUGCCCUGGGCUAGAGUUUACAAUAAAGACCACACGGUGCCUCAGGUCGUGGCAUCCAUGGUGGCCGCUCUGGGUAUGGGCCUCAUCGCCACAGCCAUCCGCUUCCACUUCUUCCCGGAGCAGAGGGGGCACUGGCCCUGGGACUGGGAAGGCUUUCACGUCAAGCAGAUGAAUGUGGUCCCUGGCAAUAGCGCCGACAUUCUUCUUGGGUCUUCCUGGGAGCCGGAGCAGUGCGGCUUGUUCAGGUGA